UCCAGCCCCUCUUCCUGCCCCCCUCCCCCGGACUCCCGCUCGCCGCUCCCGGUGGGAUGGAAGUCCCCCCCGCGAGCCGCUUCCUUCUCCCCCGGUAGCAGGCGGCGGGGCCCCGAGUUCGGUGCAGAAAUGCUGGGCAUGUACGUGCCGGAUAGGUUCGCCCUGAAGUCGUCCCGGGUGCAGGACGGGAUGGGGCUCUACACGGCCCGCAGAGUGAAGAAGGGUGAAAAGUUUGGCCCCUUUGCAGGGGAGAAGCGAAUGCCGCAGGAACUGGACGAGAACACAGACUGCAGGCUCAUGUGGGAAGUUCGUGGGAGCAAAGGCGAGGUCCUUUAUAUCCUGGAUGCCAGCAACCCGCGCCAUUCGAACUGGCUGCGCUUUGUCCAUGAGGCUCCAUCCCAGGAACAGAAGAACCUGGCAGCCAUCCAGGAGGGAGAAAAUAUUUUCUAUCUGGCUGUGGAAGAUAUUGAAACAGACACAGAACUUCUCAUUGGGUACUUGGACAGUGACAUGGAAGAAGAGGAGGAGGAGGAGGAAGAAGUAACUGUUAUCCAGGAAGAUGAAGACAGUGGCAGCAAUAAAGAAGUUCAACCAGCUGGUGACAAAGUUGCAGAUCCUCUCACCUGUAAACAGGACCAUGCAUGCCCAAACUGUGAAUCCAGUUUUGCCAGCCAGGAGAUCCUAGCUGAGCAUCUGCAGACUUUGCACCAAAAACCCAGUGAGGAAAAGGAAUUUAAGUGCCGAAAUUGUGGAAAGAAAUUCCCUGUUAAACAAGCUCUGCAAAGACAUGUACUUCAGUGCACAGAGAAUAUCAGCCCAGGAGACUCCUCAAGAAGUUUCCAGUGCUCUGUUUGCAAUACUGCCUUCAGCUCGGAAUCGAGUUAUGAGCAGCAUAAGGAGGCAUGCAGAGGGGAUGCCAGGUUCAUAUGCAAGGCAGAUAGCUGUGGGAAGAGGUUCAAGAGCAAGGAUGCUCUGAAAAAACACAAAGAAAAUGUUCACAGUGGAAAUUCUAGGAAGAAGCUGAUGUGUUCAGUGUGCAAUAAGAAAUGUUCCUCAGCAGCAAAUCUCCAGGAGCAUCGAAAGGUCCAUGAGGUCUUUGAGUGUCAAGACUGUGACAAGAAGUUCAUUUCGGCGAACCAGCUGAAGCGCCAUAUGAUAACUCAUUCAGAAAAACGCCCCUACACCUGCGAGGUUUGCAAUAAGUCCUUCAAACGACUUGAUCAAGUGACUGCACACAAAAUAAUACACAGUGAAGAUAAACCUUAUAAAUGCAAGCUUUGUGGAAAGGGAUUUGCCCACAGAAAUGUUUACAAGAAUCACAAGAAGACCCAUUCUGAAGAGAGACCGUUCCAGUGUGAGGAAUGCAAAGCCCUGUUCCGAACCCCCUUCUCUCUACAAAGACAUCUGUUAAUCCAUAACAGUGAGAGGACCUUCAAGUGUGAUCACUGUGAUGCCACUUUUAAAAGAAAAGACACAUUAAAUGUUCAUAUUCAAGUUGUACAUGAUGGACAUAAGAAAUACAAGUGUGACCUGUGUGACAAAGCUUUUGUGACACCCUCAGUCCUAAAGAGCCAUAAGAAAACUCACACAGGAGAAAAAGAGAAGAUUUGCCCAUAUUGUGGACAGAAGUUUGCAAGCAAUGGAACACUGAGAGUUCAUAUUCGAAGCCAUACAGGUGAGCGUCCUUACCAGUGUCCCUACUGUGACAAAGCUUUCAGCAAGAACGAUGGCUUGAAGAUGCACAUUCGCACCCACACCAGGGAAAAGCCGUACCAGUGCUCGGAGUGUAACAAGGCUUUCAGUCAGAAGCGAGGCCUGGACGAGCACAUGAGGACCCACACCGGGGAGAAGCCCUUCCAGUGUGAUGUUUGUGAUCUGUCCUUCAGCCUGAAGAAGAUGCUGAUCCGACACAAGCUCACUCACAACCCCAACCGCCCCAUGGCGGAGUGCCAGCUCUGCCACAAGAAGUUUACAAGGAAUGACUACCUCAAAGUGCACAUGGAAAAUGUCCAUGGAGAAACUGACAGCUAAAUAUGCCCUCAGUGAGAAGGGUGGAUCCAAAGUGGUGCAUUUGUACGUGUACAAACUCCAGACUUUCUACCUGGCCAGUAAGCAGAGUCAGGAGAAACAACUGUAAUGCCUUCACAUAUUAUUUUUCCCAAUUUUGUUGUAAAUAUGUUAGUAGGAAAAAAAACCCAAAAGACAUUCUGAUGUAAACCAGCUUGAAAAUAAAAAAAAAAUUAAGAUACAAGAACUAUGGAAAAAUUUUAUUCUCAUUUAAACAAAGAAGCUUUAAGCAGACUUUUCUUUGUUAUUGACAUCCUUAGAAACUUAGAUAUUAGUAGCAGUGCCUGGAAAUCCUGGCCACUUGCAACCAGACUUGGCUGUCUGCAGCUGUAUUUCUGUAUCUAACCUACAAGGCUGCAUUAAAAUUAUUUAAUUUGAAAUCACACAGAAUUUGUCAUUCUAAUUGACUGCUGAUUGUAUCUAGGCUUGCUUUAUUCAUAUCAUAAUUCUGCAUUUUGUUGUAACACAAUUUUGUCUCAUUUUAUUUGCAGCUUUCUCAUGACUGUAUGAAACUCAUUAACUUGAAUUGAUUCUUGAGAUGCCAAAAUGUGUGGGUAGAGAACUGUGGAAAUCUGUCAGCAUUCAGUAUUCCUGUAUGAGAUUGAGGAGGAUUUAUUUCAUCUGGUUACGUGAAACAGGACUGAAGUGAAAAUUUUGAGCAAUUUAGUUUUAAGUACUAUAUUCAUACUCAUCACUGUGGCUGGCAAGGCAAGUGGAAAGACAUCUGAACAGGGUGGCUUGAGCAGCUAGAAUUGUUGAGUUUGCAUGUGUUUGCUUUCCUGGUGAAUAGCUGGUUCCCACAGUGUUUCUUCCUGCUGAAUCAGAUGCCCUGGAUUUCUUCAUAUCAUUUAAAUACCUUUUUCUUUUUUUUUUUUCUUAGUACUGUUCAUAAGCAGUGGGAAAAAUUCUGCUUUAAAACCAAGUAAUAAUCAAAUUCUUCAUGUUAUCAGGGUGAGUUGUUUGCUGCAGAAGAGUC